GGGAGAGUUUGCUCGGUGCAGCUCUCUCAACUGUCUGACCCUUUUUCAUUAGGUGCGACAGGUGUCUGGACUAAGGUUUUAGUCGUGUUUUUUUUUUUUUUUCCCAAUGUCUGCGUUAUAUUUAUAGACUUUUUAAAUGUUUUUGUUUUGGGGUGUCGUAAGUUGUGUCAUGGAGUGGAAGAGGCUUUGAGAGAGAAGCAAAUGAUGGAAGUAGAGAGGAUGGAGCCUGAAGAAUCGGAGACGGAUGAACUAUCUUCCUGGUCACCUCACCCGAGGGAUCGGCUGGCGGCUUGUGCUGGUUUUUCUGACUAUGCAGGAAAGAAAAGAAAACAGGACCCAUCCAGUGGUGCAGGGAGUUUAGCAAGAGCCACAGAGGACAAUGAUGAAGAGGACCCUGAUGUCAGUACAGACUCUUUUCAUGAUUCUGAGGAACCUUGUAAUAAAAAGGUGAAACCUGUUGGAAAAGGGGCUCAAGUCACAGGCAUUAUAACACCAGUGAAAACGCCAGCAUUGAAACGUCUGGGACAGUCCAUACAGAGGUCCAUCAGUUUCCGGACAGAGGCCCGGCCACUGCCAGCCAUGCCAUCCAUCCGGACGCGACAGAAGGCAUCUUCGUUUCCACGGCGCCGGAACAGCCAGCUGUGGAGUGACACGGUGGACUGUAUGACCAAUGACAUGAGCGCCAAAGAGAUCAAGAGACAGGAGAUCAUCUAUGAACUCACACAGGGGGAGAGGCAGCUCAUAGAGGACCUGAAUUUGGUCAAAAAAGUGUAUUACGAGCCCAUGCUGAAACUGGACAUUCUGACGGAGAGUGAACUGGGCCAGAUAUUUGGGACGCUCGACUCCCUCAUACCUCUUCAUGAAGAUUGCCUGAGUCGCCUGGAGCGGUUGAGAGGAGCAGAGAAGACUGUGGAGGCGGUUGGGCCCACCUUACUGCAGUGGUUCCCCUGCCUGGAGGCAUACAUCACCUACUGCUGCAACCAGGUGGCAGCGAAGGCGCUGCUGGACCAGAAGAAGCAGGAUCGGCACGUGGACCAGUUCCUACGGCUCUGCCAGGAGUCCCCCUUCAGCAGGAAGCUGGAUCUGUGGAACUUCCUGGACCUGCCGCGUAGCCGAUUGGUCAAGUACCCACUGCUUCUCAAAGAGAUCAAGAAGUGUACGCCCAACGACCACCCCGACGAGGACUUUCUACCUGACGCUAUUAACUUGAUUCAGAGCAUCAUCUCCCAGGUGGACCAGAAGACGGGGGAGGCAGAGUGCCAGUUCUACAGGCAGUGCCUGUGCUACGCAGAGGACGCCCAGAGAGUGCCCGAGAUCAUGCGCUCGCGCUUCAUCUACUGCCACGGGGAGCUCAAGAGCACCAAGGGACAUAAGCUGCAUGUGUUCCUGUUUGAGCUGGUGUUGGUGUUGACCCGGCCUCAGGUGUCCGAGGGCACAAUCCAGUUCCAGGUGUACCGCCAGCCCCUCCCUGCUGCAAAUCUCACCCUUGAGGACAUCCCAGACGGAGAGGCAGGGAGCUCCGGAUCAUUCCGUGGGGCCUUCACUGGGAAUGAUAAAGUGAAGAACUGUUUCAGAGUGACCAGCAGGGGGCGCACUAAGGCACAAUCCCACAGCCUCCAGGCUAACGACUCCUUCAACAAGCAGCAGUGGAUCACCUUUCUGCGCCAGGCAAUAGUCCAAUCACGAGACAGCGAGACUCACACCCGCCGACCGUCUGGCUUCUCCCCCGACCCUGACCUGUGUCACAUAGCGGAACUGAGCCUGAACUCCGACAUGGAGAUGAUAGGUCAAUAGAGCUCCAUAAGCAAGCAGGGUAUUGAACAUGAGGGGAUUUCACAUGGAACAUUUUCACAUGGUACUUGCAGUGACUCUGUACCCCACACCCCCCUUGAGCGCUGUGCCACUUCAUCAAAAAUGCCGUGAACCUCCUCCGGAUGCUUAUCAGUAGCAGAAUAAAUCAUAGGAGGAGGACCUAAGAUAAGAGGUAGUUUUCAGAAGAAAAUGAUACAUAAGAUAACGAAUGUAUGUGUAGGCAGAGGUGGAAAGUAACGAAAUACAUUUACUCACGUUACUGUAUUGAGUAGUUUUUCUGUGUA